UUCCUUGCUUCCAUGGAUACUCAUCCAAUUCUGAAAGAUUUCUCGUCAAUGUUGAAAUUUCCCGUCAGAUUCUGAAAAUUAAAUCCAAAAGCUAACAAACCCAUUUUUGCUUUGGAAGUAUUGUGUUAUAAUUUCUCUCAAUUUUUAGGUUCUUGUAUUGUACGAAUUUGCAAAAGUCGAAGCAGCUUAAUAGAGAGAGCUUGUGAUCUUUCUCUCUCUCUCGCGCGCGCUCUGUGAGAGAAGAAGGUUCUGAUCGUGUUCCUCUUCUUGGUAGCAAACCAAAUCUUUCUGUCUUUCAUUCUCUCUUCCUUACACAGACUAUCUGUCUAUCUGCACUCCACAUUUUGUCUUCUUUACUCUCCCUCCCUUCCAAAUUCCAGGUGGGUUUACACUUGCGCUGCCGUUUUUCUUUUGUGUGGCUGAAGACGGACUCCGGUGUUGAUUUUCUUGUUUGUUUUUUGUUUUUGAAUUCUCUUCUUUCGUUGCUGUUCUGCAAUUUCUUGUGCGUGUUUGGUAGUUUGCUGUGGAAGUAUGUUUAGUGAAGUGGGUAUGUUUGGUUUGAUUGUUUAUGUGUCUCUUUUGAUCAAAAUUUGUCUUCCCCUCGACAAAUUUUGAUGGGUUCAGAAUGCUUCGGCGCUAAGAAUUUAGGGGUUUGAUUUUGCUCGGUUGAGAAUUCAAGUCAAGAGAGUAUAUAUAUAUAGUUCUUCAACUGGUGGUGCUAUGGUUAAACAGUAUUUUGAGGAUUUCUCUUUGCUAAGGAUAUCACGAAUCGACACGGAUGGAUAACGUAUUGUAUCAUGAGGACAGUUUAUGAAUCUAGAAUUUCAAGGCUUUACCUGUUUUAAACAAGGAACUGGUAUAGCUCAUGCGGUUCCUUGUUUAUAGAAGUGAUCGUUAGAAAGUUUCUGCUGAUGCUGAAAUCAGCUUAGUUUGGAUCAAGUUUUGGAACAGUAAUUGAUUCAAGGAAAUUCUUUUUACAUGGGUAAUAAGCUAGGAAGGAGGAGACAAAUAGUUGAUGAGAAGUACACAAAGCCUCAGGGGCUUUACAACCAUAAAGAAGUGGAUCAUAAGAAACUUAGGAAACUCAUACUUGAAUCAAAGCUAGCUCCAUGUUAUCCUGGAGAUGAAGAAUCUGCCACUGAUCUUGAAGAAUGCCCCAUAUGCUUUCUGUAUUAUCCGAGUCUCAAUCGAUCAAGAUGUUGCAUGAAAAGCAUUUGUACAGAGUGUUUUCUACAGAUGAAAGUUCCAAAUUCUACCCGGCCUACACAGUGUCCUUUUUGCAAAACCUCAAAUUAUGCUGUGGAGUAUCGAGGCGUGAAAUCAAAAGAAGAGAAGAGUUUGGAGCAAAUUGAAGAACAGCGUGUUAUUGAAGCAAAGAUUAGAAUGCGGCAGCAGGAACUUCAGGAUGAUGAGGAAAGAAUGCAGAAAAGACAUGGAUUAAGUACCUCUAACAUUGAUACGACUGCGGAGGAUGGUGAAGACAGCUCUGCAGCUGUUCCAUUGUCUCAAUCUCCUUCCGAAGAUGAGGAAAUAGUUAGCUUGCAAGAUUCUUGUAUGACCCCAAUCAGACCGCCUCCGCCUCCUAUUCCUAUUAGGAGCAACAGAAAUUUCAGGGAUGAUGAAUUUGAACUGGAUCUUGAGGACAUAAUGGUUAUGGAGGCAAUCUGGCUCUCAAUUCAGGAGAAAGGAAGGCAUCAAGAUCCAGUUUACACUGAGGAUACUUCCUCUGAUCAAUAUGCGACAGAAGGUCGAUAUGUCUCUCCGACCACCGUUCCAUUAGCUGGAACAUCAUCAUCGUCAUCAUCAUCCCCAUCUGGAGGUCUUGCUUGUGCCAUGGCUGCUCUUGCAGAGCAGCAGCAGCAGCAGAUAGGCAGGGGACCGUUAUCAACUUGCGCAAAUGGAGAUUCACCCGUCUUCAAUAUGCAUCCUGAAGCCACGGAGUUCUACAACAGGAUGAACACCAAUGUAGAAAACUAUCCACCACUACAAAUCUCAAUCAACACAGAAAAUUAUACGCCUGCACAACUCUCUAUCAACACGAUACCGAUACCAGAUUGUAGGAUGAUCUUAACAAGAAACGAUGAAGAGUGGAAUCUGGACAAUCAAUCUGAAGAAGAUGAAGCUGGGACAAGCUACCCAACCUCUGACUCGACCGAAGAUAAUGGUAUUGACUGUGCCUUGCCCACAGUCCAUACGAUUGAUGGGGGAAACCAAACACCGAUACCCAUCAUUCCUCAGAACUUUGAGGAACAGAUGAUGCUAGCCAUGGCUGUUUCUCUAACCGAGGCUCGGGGAGUGUCUACUGGACCCGGGCAUUCCUGGCAGCAGUGAUUAUGAUUAUGAUUAUGAUCAAAUCUUAACUUGAACAUUCGGUUGUAGCCAAUACCAACAUAGCUGGCAGAGAGAGCGCGUUGGUGUCGUAUCCGAGCUGCAAGGUAGGAAAUCGACACAAGGAGUGGCGUGAUGUUUGUCCAAAGGUUGAUCUCCCAUCGGGUGAAAAAAUGAAAAAGAAGUGUAAAAAUGAAAUACAAAUUCUUUUAGUGAAUUAAAAUUUGGGUGGUUCAUUCAAGUUCAUGGAUGGAUGGCAAUAUUUCCCCUUUUCUUUUCCUAAUUAUUGAAAAUAUUGUUUCAGCUUGUGGAA